ACCAACAGUUCAUUUUCAUAACAUGUGCUAGCUUAGAGCAAACAUUUUGGACUGAGUUUUGGAGAUUGUUAUCUACAUUAAGGCACAAACGUGACAUCUUUUUCUAUAAAACUAGAAAAGAAACCAACAUGUCAACUUCUAUCUUGAUCUUGUGUUUCCUUUAUAUGAAAACACCUGCUUAUGGUCAAGUUUACAAGGCGGAAGGAUAUUUCGUUGUUGACUAUGAAGUAGUGGAGUCCUACAUAAGGAACGUACCAGUCACAGUAAGUACCACAGCAAAGAGUGCCCAUGCGCUUGUUGAAUUACAGAAAGAUAUAGACUUUACAUUGAGUGAGGUCAAUAAAAUGUUUGCUACCUUACAGCCCACUCUGUCACUCGAGGUAUACCUCAGAAAGCUGGACAUACUGGGCGUAAACGGGAUACCACUCAGCUCAGUUAUACCAGGCACAACAAAUGGAGUGCAAUCAGACAAAGCCUUGACCACUUUUGAAAGUUGGCUUCAGGCUCAAAACUCCUACUCAAAUUUAAAAUAUGACUUUGCAUUUUUAUGGACUGGUUACGAUGUGUACGGAUCUGCAGGCUCGUAUACUGGAGGCUUCGCUCACAUCGGUAAAAUCUGCGACUCUAAGUUGGCAACAGGUGUGGCUGAAUUUAGCAUGACUUAUCAAGCAGCACUUACCACAGCGCACGAGAUCGCACACAUACUAGGCUCUGAUCAUGGCGGUGCUGCCUCCAAUUACCUCAUGGCUGCCCUUCUGGAUGCAAGAGACGCCAAGCGAUGGUUUUUCUCUAACUGUUCAGCCCUGGACAUCAAAGAGUACAUUCAGACAUUAAAGACCAACUGUCUCCUUACUACUGACUCAGUUUCAACCAUACAAAACGUAAGUUAUGGAUCCUACACUGGACAGAUGAUGGACCCUGAUGUCAUCUGUCAACGUGCUAUGAAUGACAAUAACUCUUAUAUGUGUAAGCCAUGGAGUCUGUACAAAAAUCUACCACCAAGUGGUGACAACGUCUGCUCUCAAAUCUACUGCGCCUUGCCAGGUACGCUGCGAUGUUCUGGUGCUUUCCCCACUGACGGAAUGGUGUGUGACUCUGGCAAGAGGUGUAUCCGAGGCAAGUGUACAACUGAAUCUACAGCCCCAACGAAUAGUGAUUCCAAUUGCACUCUGGGAGAUCAAAAUGUCCUGGAGGUCCUGUCCUUGGACUUUAAUGGAACAUGUCAAGGUUUCAUUUCAAAGUACGGCUCCAGCUACUGCUACCAGAGCACGAUACAGCAGAGAUGUUGUAAGACCUGCAAGCCGUACUACACCGGACGUACUGGAUGUGAGUAUGGAGACAGAUCAAUGAAUUGCAUCAAAUUCAGCAAGGCCACUAUAUGUCCAUGGAACAAAAACCUCUGUUGCGGCUACUGUUAUGGUUAUGUUGCAAAGCGUUCUCUGGUUGACUUGCUCAACAAGAAUGUAACACAGACAAUUUUGUCACCGAACAGCUUACCAAAAAUUUUGAACGAAACGGUCAUCGGAGUCAAUGAUGUCAAGUCCAAAGAAAUUUACAGUUUUGAAGAAUAGCCCCUGGUACAACCUCAACUUUACACUAUAGCCAUUAGUUUGUUGAGAUAUACAUUUGUUUAUGAUGUAAAAGUGCUGACCGGGUGUUAAUUUCAAAUUCUACCGUGAAAAAUGUUUUUGUUAUUUGGGGAAAUUAUUUGUUUUACAUUGUUUCUCUCAAUUUUGUUGAUGUGCAUUUUGACAUAUGACAAUAAAUCCAAUUUUUUUCGAAAUGAC